AUGCUCCGGAGUUACAAGCGCCGCAAGUUGGGCAGAAAUGGGACUAACAUCAAUGACGCCGCUCGAAGCAGCCACGACGAUAUCAAGAUUGGUAGUAGGAGCGAAAGCGAGGACGACGAAUUUGAGGAUGACCUCAACAUGCUCCGUGAAUUCUCGUUGGUACCGAUGACUACGCAGAGCGGUUUGCUUGAACUGCACCCGCUCAUGCAAUUCUGCACGCAAUUCUGGGUCUCGUCGUUUGACAACCUACGAAAAUGGAGACGGAUGUUUCUGCAGGUCAUGUCAAAGGAGUACACCGGUCGGAGAUUCGUUGAGGAGGGCCCCGAGACUGGAAAAGACGCUGAACAUCUCACACGACUGCUUGCCAAUGUAGGGGUGUUUAGGUUAAGAAUGGGGAAGUACGAAGAAGAAGCGGAGCAGAUGACCCGACGGGCACUAUGUUACAACUCUGCCAACUCUGCUGUUGUGUCAGCCACUCUACCAUUUCUCAAAACACGUUCCGCUUUAAGUCAGGUUUCCCAGAAUGUCGAUACUACCAUUCGACUUGUUAUUGAGGUUGUUCUUGAAAAGGUUCCCGGCCUCCGAAACCGGCGCAGCCGCGCUCAAGACGAGCGACUUUUGAUGAUGUACAGGACUCGUGAGAUGCUCGUCUGGAAAAUGUACUAG